GAAAGGGCAUUGCCGCGAGCCAGAAGCGAGCCGGCUCCCGCCAUGGAGAACGGGAUGCAGCUGCUCAACCGGGACGGCCACAGCAUCUCCCACAACUCCAAGCGGCACUACCACGACGCCUUCGUCUGCAUGAACCGCAUGCGGCAACGGGGCCUCCUGUGCGACAUCGUGUUGCACGUUGCCGCCAAGGAAAUCAAGGCGCACAAGGUGGUGCUGGCCUCCUGCAGCCCCUACUUCCACGCCAUGUUCACAAAUGAGAUGAGUGAGAGCCGUCAGACGCACGUCACGCUCCACGAUAUUGAUCCGCAGGCUCUGGAACAGCUGGUCCAGUACGCCUACACUGCUGAGAUCGUGGUGGGAGAAGGGAAUGUGCAGACAUUGCUCCCUGCAGCCAGCCUCCUGCAGCUGAACGGGGUGCGGGAUGCCUGCUGCAAGUUUCUCUUGAGCCAAUUAGACCCCUCCAACUGUCUGGGCAUCCGAGGUUUUGCAGACACCCACUCCUGCAGCGAUCUCUUGAAAUCGGCGCACAAGUACGUUUUGCAACACUUUGUGGAUGUCUCCAAGACGGAGGAGUUUAUGUUGCUGCCUCUCAAACAGGUGUUAGAUCUCAUCUCCAGCGACAGCCUCAAUGUGCCUUCGGAAGAGGAAGUUUAUCGAGCCGUUUUGAGCUGGGUGAAGCACGACGUGGACAGCCGGAAGCAGAAUAUUCCCCGACUCAUGAAGUGCGUCCGUCUUCCCUUGCUCAGCCGGGAUUUCCUGAUGAGCAACGUUGACACCGAACUGCUGGUCCGGCACCAUUCGGAGUGCAAAGAUUUGCUAAUCGAAGCCCUCAAGUACCACUUGAUGCCCGAGCAGAGAGCCGUCCUCAGCAACAGCCGCACCCGCCCACGGCGCUGCGAGGGGGCCAGCAUGGUGCUCUUUGCUGUGGGCGGAGGGAGCCUUUUUGCCAUCCAUGGGGAUUGCGAAGCUUACGACACGCGGACUGACCGCUGGCACAUGGUGGCCUCCAUGUCUACCCGCCGGGCCAGGGUGGGGGUUGCGGCCAUUGGGAACAAGCUUUAUGCUGUGGGAGGUUAUGAUGGAACGUCUGACUUGGCUACCGUUGAGUCCUACGACCCUGUCACCAACUCGUGGCAGACGGAGGUCUCCAUGGGCACCAGGCGGAGCUGCCUUGGGGUGGCAGCCUUGCACGGCCUUCUCUAUGCUGCUGGGGGCUACGAUGGAGCUUCGUGUCUGAACAGUGCUGAAAGAUACGACCCGCUAACCGGAACUUGGGCAAGUAUCACAGCGAUGAGCACCAGAAGGAGAUACGUCCGCAUAGCAACUCUAGACGGCAACCUCUAUGCCGUUGGAGGCUACGACAGCUCAUCCCACUUGGCAACGGUGGAGAAGUACGAACCGCAGAUCAACACCUGGACACCCAUUGCCAACAUGCUGAGCCGCCGGAGCAGUGCGGGCGUGGCUGUCCUGGAAGGGAUGUUGUAUGUGGCCGGAGGGAACGAUGGGACCAGCUGCCUUAACUCGGUGGAGCGCUACAACCCCAAAACCAACACCUGGGAAAGUGUGGCUCCAAUGAACAUCCGUAGAAGUACCCAUGACUUGGUGGCCAUGGAAGGCUGGCUCUACGCCGUGGGUGGGAACGACGGCAGCUCCAGCCUCAACUCCAUCGAGAAGUACAACCCACGGACCAACAAGUGGGUGGCAGCUUCGUGCAUGUUCACCCGGCGUAGCAGCGUGGGGGUGGCGGUGCUGGAACUCCUCAACUUCCCGCCCCCGUCCUCGCCCACCCUCUCGGUGUCCUCGACGAGUCUUUGACGAAGGACCCUGCCGUUCCCCGCCUCGCCCGGACUGCAGCGUCUGUCGGAGCGCGAAGCCGGCUUGGUCCCCCCCCUCCGGAAGCCGAUCUCUGUGAAGGGGGGUGCUGCACCCGGAGACUUUCCCCCAGGGGGGGGCGUCCGUUGGGCUCAGCUGCAAGAGGGGAGUCUCCUACUAGAGAAGAAGACAACCGAAAACCGAGAAUUCUCCGCGCGUCCAUUGUUGAUCUCACCGCAACUAGACCGAUGCUGCCUGGUUCUCGUAGGCCAGACUCACCAACCUUUGAGCUCCACGACGGGACGUCAAUUUCUGGAUCUAUCUCAUGCCAGGGACUGAGUUUGGUAAGGGCAAAAAUCAAGGGGCCGCCACGAGCUAAGCCUAACGACACCCAACCGUGGAGUUAUUCACGCAGGCUGUGUGCCAACUACAGAACCUUUAAGCUGUGAACAUCACAAUUCGCCAAAAACCUCUUACCAAAACCUACGGUUGAAAGGUGUACGGGCGAAAGGAGUCCUCUCACCUCGGUGUCUAGCAAAAAAGGAUGCCUUAUGAUGAAAAACGGGGCUGAGGUGCUCCACAGGUCCUCUCCGUGUUCUCCACGUCUGUAGGCCACCCAUUCAGACAUCCUCCUAGUAUUUUUCCCGGGCGGCCCGUGUCCGGAGCUGUCUCCACAUGGUGGCUUAGCUCCUCCUCUGAAACUGGGAAGAAUUUGGUCGCAGUUGUUCGGUGGAUUGGAGAGGCGUGGGGCCUACGGUGGAUUCUGUGGUGUGACAGUUCGAGGUGCGCCGGUAGCAUUUCCUUAAUUGCUCGCCUCAGCUUCCCCUGCUUUGUGUGGUUGGGAGUGCCAAUGAUAGGGGCCUUUCUAAUUUAUUUGCUCACCUUUUUGCCAGCCAAUCCGCUACCUGCCUGCCUGCCUGCCUUCCCCCUAUUUAUUUCCUUAUUUAUUUAUUUAAAUCGGAAGGUUUGCAGGACAGAAAAUGGCGGAUUUGGGCGCUUUGUUAAUCUACUCCGGAGCCAAAAAACGUGGCCGCAAUCUACUGAAGGGAAACUUUCGUGGGGGAAAAAUAUCCCCAAGUGCGGCCCAAUCGCCACCUUCCUUUUGAACGGACCAACUUGGCAUUGUGCAUCUUGUCUUUUUGGCACCAAUAUGUGCCCGACUAUUGUUCCGGAGCCUUCUCCCCACAAUUCCUGACUAAAAAAAAAAAUGUCUGAUUUCAGAGUGUUAUCCUGCCACGCUCGUUCACGGAAGGGAGUGUGAAGCGACAUAUAAUAUGAACUGCAUUAGGUGGGUUUCGUUUUCAAAGCGCUAAGAAGGCGAUCGAAAAUUGUCCCACGGAGGGAGGGCAACGUUGCCGCACUUCACUUUGGAAGGAUUUUUUUGUUUGAAAGCACGAAAAUGCACAACGUUUGAGGCCUUGCCUUGAAAAGGUUCCAGUUGUUGUGCUGUUCCCUCACUUGGGGUGGGGUUUGGACUACAAAACCCAGCUUGGAUGCCAGCUAGCCCGCCGUGGAGAAAAUUGGGUGUGGGGGGGGAGAGGAAAGGAAGUUGCUUGAAGAGUAUGGAUGACCUCUCUUUGUCUUUUGUCUUUUGGAUGCAACAGUGAAAAUUCUGCGGGAGAGGCUUAGGACACAGAGGCUCUCGUAAGUCAGCCAAUCCUUCUCGUUGGUUUUAUUCCACCCCAUUACCACUUUGCUGCUUCUGGAGUUGUUGUUGUUGUUUUGUUCGUUUGUGUGUUGGUUUUAUUUAUUUCGUCACUGGUUUCACUGUGACACCAUUUGGCCAGUUCGCAACGAUGCUGGAUGGAUGGAUGGGACUGAACGUCCAACUCGCAAGCUUUGGAGAUUCCUCGUUCAAAUUUUGCUUCAAAUUUGGCGCCAGGUUUUGGGGGUUCUGGGUCAGAAGUGGGGUUUAUAUAUCAAGCCACGAUUAAACAUGUCCUUCCGUGAUCAGCUUUACAGACCACGAUGGGUCAAUUUCCCUAACUGGAUAAGCCACAAUCAAACAGACUGUCGAAUGCUCGGUGCCGUAUUUUUUUGUUAGCAAACCACAGUUAUGGGUCCAUCACGUCUUCAGCCAAGGUGUCCGCGGCUGGGGAUUCUGGGCGUUGAAGUCCACCCAUCCUACCGUUCAUAUAAGCCAUGAUUUGAAAACAAACAAACAAUCCGUGGCCUGUUUGCCACCAAGGGUGAAUCUAAAGGGCAACUAUGCUGGGCUUCUCUGUAUCCAUGAUUUAGAUUUAUAAGCAUCGUGGCUUAGCUUCGGAGGCGUUUUUGCAAAAGGACGUUUGCCGAGAAACGAUUUCUGUAAAUCUGUAUUUCUUCGCUCGGCUGGCGUUGUGCUCCGCCUUCCACCCAG